AUGCAGCGCAAAAGCCAGCCGUUCGACCUCGGCAGCCUCGGGCCAGGGUGGAGCGAGCGCGAGGAGACGAGUCGGCGGUUUGCUGUCUACGAGCCCGCCAUUGAGAUCUCGCCAAAUGACGACAGGGCAUACCGCUUCCUCACGCUCGGCAACGGCCUGCGGGCGCUGCUCAUCUCGGACCUCAAGACGGACAAGGCUGCGGCCGCUCUCGGCGUCCAAGUCGGCCACCUGAGCGACCCGAACGACCUGCCCGGCCUGGCGCACUUCUGCGAGCACAUGCUCUUCCUCGGCACCGAGAAGCACCCCGACGAGAGCGAGUACAAGACCUACCUGUCGCGCAACUCGGGCUCGAGCAACGCCUACACUUCCCUUGCCGAGACCGUCUACCACUUUGACUGCUCGCCAGAUGGCCUCGCCGGCGGCCUCGCUCGCCACGCCCAGUUCUUCACGGCGCCGCUCUUCGACCCCUCCUGCACCGAGCGCGAGGUCAACGCCGUCGACAGCGAGUUUCGCCGCAACCUUCAGCUCGACGCGAGGCGGCUCUUCCAGCUCGGCAAGGCGACGAGCUCUCGAGCAGGAGGCGCCGUCUACUGGAAGUUCGGCACCGGCAGCAAGCAGACGCUGUGGGACGAGCCGAGGGCUCGUGGCGUCGACGUGCGAGAGCGCCUGCUCGAGUGGUACAGCAAGCAGUACUCGGCUAACCUCAUGUCGCUCGUCGUCGUCUCAAACCAUCCGCUCGACGACCUCACCUCGCUCGUCGUCGCCGAGUACUCGGACGUCCCGAACGCCAACCUCGCUCCGACCACCUUCCCGUCGCCGCCUAUCUCCGCCACCGAGGCGCAGACCGAGAUCACCUACCGCACCGUCAAGGACACGCCGCAGUUGCGGGUCGAGUUUGGCCUGCCGGACCUGCGCGAGCACUGGGCGAUCAAGCCUGGGCGUUUCCUGUCGCACUAUCUCGGCCACGAGGGGCCCGGCUCGAUCCUCGCCGAGCUCAAGACGCACGGCUGGGCCACGUCGCUCUCGGCCUCGUCCGCCAACGGCGCCGCGGGCUUCGACUUCUUCCGCAUCGGCAUCAGCCUGACUGCAACUGGCCUCGAGCACUACAAGGAGGUCCUCGCCGUCGUCUUUGCCUACCUCGACCUGCUCAAGUCGACGCCGCCGCAGGAGUGGGCGUUCAACGAGAUGCGCCGGCUCGGCGAGAUCGGCUGGCGGUGGAAGGAGCAGGGUCAGCCGCAGUCGACGGUCCGCAACCUCGCGAGCCAGCUCGGCGAGACGCUGUACCCGCCCGAGAAGACGCUCGUCGGGCCCUGGUUCGCGACCCAGUGGGACGAGGCGCUCAUGCGCGAGGUCAUGGAGCUUCUACGCGUCGAGAACUGCCGGGUCUUUGUUGGGUCCAGGGAUCCGUUGCCGGGCCGCGACUUUUGGGCGCAGAAGGAGAAAUACUACGGCACCGAGCACGACCUUCUCGCCCUCGAGAUCCCGCCCGACGCCCGCCAACACACCAACCUCGCCCUUCCUGAGCGCAACAUCUUCAUCCCCGACAAGCUCGAGCUCGUUGCCGAGAAAGCCGUCGAGGUGCGUCCCUUUUUCCCUCCCUUUGCCUCGCCUGCCCUCCCUGACCUCUACCGCCACGAACAGCCCGUCAUGCGCCCGACCCUCGUUCGGCAGACGCCGAGAUCCCGCCUGUACCACAAGCGCGACGACCUGUGGAUCAUCCCUCGCGGCACCGCCUACGUCCGGUUGCGCUCGCCCGUCGCCGACGACGGGGCCCGUGCGGCCGUCCUGACGCAGCUCGUGACUGCGCUCGUCGAGGAGAACCUGUCCAAGUACUCAUACGACGCGUCGCUCGCCGGCCUCGACUACUCGCUCGGCACCGACACGAGCGGCAUGCUCCUCCUCGUCUCGGGCUACACCGACAAGCUCGCUCUCCUCGCCUCGGUCGUCGUCGACAAGCUCAAGGCGUUCUCGAUCGAGCCCAAGGAGUACGACAUCGUGUACGACCGCCUCGUGCGCGCCUACAAGAACGCCAAGCUGCAGAACCCGUCGACGCUCGCCGACGCCGAGGUGCGGCGGUUCACGAGGGAGCGGUACUGGACGUGGGAGGAACGACUCGAGGCUCUGCUAGCCGUCAAGCCGGCCGACGUCGAGCAGCACGCGCGAGAAUUCACCUCGCGACUCUUGAUCGACUCGCUCGUCCACGGCAACUUCAAGGCCGAGGGCGCCCUGGACCUGCUCGACGCCGUCGAGCACAAACUCGAUGCUGUCGAGGUCGACAUCGCCGAGCUCGACCACCACCGAGCCCUCAAGCUGCCGCCCGGAACCGUGACCGUGUCUCGCUCGCCCGUGCCGUCGUCGGAGAACGUCAACUCGGCGGCGAGCGUCUACUACGACGUCGGCUCGGCCAACGACCACGACCUGCUCGCGAGACUGUCGCUGUUCGGCCACCUCGCCAAGGUCCCGGUCUUUUCGACGCUGCGCACCAAGGAACAACUCGGCUACAUCGUCUCGUCGUCGCCCUGGGUCUCGCACGCCUACGCCGGCUUCCGCAUCAUGGUCCAGUCGGAGCGCACCGCCGAGUACCUCGACGAGCGUAUCGGCGCCCUCGAGACGACGCUCGGCGAGUACAUCGCCAACAUGAGCGAGGAGGACUUUGCCCUCGAGAAGGAGAGCCUCGCCUCGAAUAAGCUCGAGAAGCCCAAGAGCCUCGGCCAGGAGUCCGGGCGGUACUGGAGCGAGAUCUCGUCCGGCGAGCUCGACUUUGGCCAUCGCGAGCGCCAAGCGACUCUCGUCCGCAACCUCUCCAAGCCCGACCUCGUCGCCUUCUUCGACCGCUUCAUCUCGCCCAUGUCGUCGACCCGCACCAAACUCUCGAUCCUCAUGCGCUCUCAGCGCUUCCAGCCCGACAUCCUCGACCCCUUCCUCGCCGCUGUCCGCAAGGCUCGGCCCGACAAGGUCGACGAGGCGGCCAAGCUCGUCGCCGACAAGCCGACGCUCGCCCAGCUCGAGGCGCUCGUCAGUGAGCUGGCUCUCGGCGACUCGGACAACAGCACGGUGGAGCUGGAGCGGCUCAGGGAGACGCCGCCGCUGCCGGCGACGACGAGGGAGGUCAAGGCGCACGAGGUCGACGCCUUCCGCCAAGGGCUCGAGCGGGCCGAGGGCUACAGGGCGGUUGGGGAGGGGGUACAGGAGCCGGCGAGGCUGUAG